UUGUUCCCCACAUCCCACAUGCGUCACCGUUCCGUCCGUCAAGCGUUCACGUCAAGCCAGCUAGCAACAGCAAGGAAAGCGUCCGUCAGUUGAUGUUUGAGAUUUUGUGGAUACAAUACAAUCCUUGCAUUUGGAUAUCUUACGUUGUUUGUGCGGUUUUUUAUACUUUAUUAAACAUUUGGAUAUUAUUAUUCGGUGCCACUAAAUUGAACAAUCAAUUUUCUUCGAACAAACGGACAAAAUAACUUACAGUGUACAUUUCUUGGAAGUUUUUAACUUGUUCAAAACAUUGACGUGUUUAUAAUUAAACAAAUCCAGACGUCCUGUAUUUUUGUCAUUCUGUCAUUGAUAACAGUGUCUAAUUAAUGAUGUACCUACUUAAAAUAAAGUGAAUAUAACUUUACUUAUGUGGAGUUCGGUAUCUAACUAAGUAAGCUAGGAGUUGUAAACUUUGUGACAAUAUGAAUGUUGUGAAGGUGUUUAGGACGAGUUCCAGCGGUUUUUUCAUAGUGUUUCUACCACGUUCAUGGUGCAGUACUUGAGUACGUGAAGCUGUCAGCUUACAAUUGGACAAAAUGAUAAACUUGAGGUGAAGUGACGAGCAAACCACCGUGGAGCACCUCGUGGGAGGUGGUGGCCCGGGCAGCUUGCUGCCCGGCGCAUCGCCCGCCCAGCAUCCACCAAAUAUGUUGCAGCCUAUGGAAGAGAUGAUCCUUCCACCCAAGCGACAAGCAGUUGUUGAUAGAUUACGCCGGAGAAUAGAGACCUACCGACGUCGGCAAUCUGAGUGCGUACCUCGGUUCGACCAGUCAUUCACUGGCGCCUGUGAACAGCAAAACCUGGAGACAAGUGCGCUGCAAAAGCGGUACCUUGAGGGCAAGGCCAAACGACAAGCGAAGAAGACCGAGCGCAAGCCCGACUUACCCGCCAUCAGUGGGGUGCAUAGCAGCGUGCAUGUGCAACAAAAGUUUGGAUGCGGAGAUUACGAACCACCAGCGAAGUUGCAAUGCGGCGGUGGUGGAUCGGCUACCGGAUCAGGAGAGGCCCUUACGAAAUUCUCGGUGGAGAUCGUGCAGCAGCUGGAGUUUACCACUUCGGCGGCGGAUUCGCAGCCGCAGCAGAUAUCCACCAAUGUAACUGUGAAAGCGCUAGCUAACGCGGUGAAGACCUCCAAUUCGCCUCCGCCCCAACAACCACCUCCGCGGGUGCCUACUCCGCUCGACUGCGAACGCGAGUGCAAAGCCGAAUGCAAAUCCGAAGUCGCCGACGAUGAGUUCGUCGGACUAGACGAAUGCGCGGCAGCGCUGGAGCGGGACGCCGCCUCCGCCUUUCCCGUGCUAGCCGAUCUGAUGGGCGAAGACGAUGGAGACGACACCUUCGAAGAUCUCAUUACUGAAAUAUCAGGCUACCCCGAGUUUUUGAAAGACUUCGAUCUCGACGGUGGAAAACUGAACGGUGGGAUGGGUUUGGAGUCGCCGGAAGGGGAGCCGGUGCCGAGGCCGUACGGCGGCGGAGAGAUGUCACCUGCUGCGCAGACGCUGAAGCAUAUGGCGGAGCAGCACCAGCAGGCGGCGGGGGGGGACUGGGCGCGCUACCGCAGCUACGCCGCCUACCGUCCGCGUCCCACCCCGCCGCCGCUCGACCACCUCCACAUGUCACAGCAGCAACAGCUGCACCUCACCCAACCACAUCACAACUUACAGGUAUCUGCGGCGCAGCAUAUGCAAGUGAGCGGCGCGGGCAGCGGGCACGUGUCGGUGGCAGCUCAGCAAGGCAUGUACGCCAACUUCCAACAUCAGGGUACUCCAUCACCGCAACAUCAUCAAAGCAAUGGGUGCGAUUCGUAUUCAGUGUCGCAGUCGCAGAGCAUAAACUUCUCGCAAGCGAUGCGGUCCCGGCAGACCGGGGCGGCGCCGCAACAGCCAGCGCAGGGAGCGGGCUCCCAGCCGCUAGGGGUAGCAGCUGCGGGUUUAUCGCGCGAGCAGCAAGCCAAGAUGUUGCAGCAGCAGCAGCAGCACAUGUUGCGUGCUCAGCAACAGCAGCAACAGCAGAUGAGGCCGCCGCCACCGGAAUACAAGGCCCGAUUCGUGGGUCCGGGAGCUGGAGCUCAGGGGGUUGGGGGGGUAGGCGGGCCAGGCGGGGUAGGAUCUGGCCCCAGAAGGCCGCAGCCGGCCCGGGGUGGGCCAUUCCCGCCCCACGCGCGCCAGUAUUCGCCUGAAUGGCGCCAUGUGUUGCUGCAGCAGCAGGCGGCGAGGCAGCAGUUUCCGCAUCACCAUCAAGGCGGUUUCGGCAUGGGCGGCAUGAGCGGCAGCAUGGCGCAGCAGCAACAGAUGCAGCUUCAGCAAGCGCGCCUGCAGCAGCAGCAACUACUGCAGCAACAACACCAGCGAGCUUCGAACCAACAACAACAAUCUUCAAUGUCACAUCUUAUUAUGCAACAGAAUCAAAUGAUGAAUGUGCAAGGACAGAUGGCGAACAUCCACAUGUCGCAGUCCCAAAGCAUGUCAAUGCAAGGCGCCGGUAUGGGUAUGGGGCAGCCCGGCAUGCACGCAGCGAUGCCCCCCGGCGGCGGCAUGAUGCCAGGUAACCAACCCGCCCAGCAGUCCCCGUUUGCGAUACACAACGCGUCUUCCUUCGGCGGCCAGGCCGCUGACUUCAACCUCGACUUCCUAGACAACAUGCCUUCCACGGACGCGAGCAAUCUCACCGCGCAAGAACUAUUAAACUCAUUGGACAACUCGUUUUUGAAUGACAUACUAAGAACUAUUAAACUCAUUGAACCAUUCGUUUUUUAAAGACAUAAUUUAAUUUAGAAGCGAAGAACUUCUGGUUUGAAUGAGUGCCAUUUACUGGCGAUUGAGUGAGCAGCAUGGCUUCCGCGGAUGCGAGCAAUCUCAUCGCGCUAGAGCUGUUAAACUCAUUGGACAACUCGUUUUGAAUGACAUACUUUAAAUUAGAAGCGAUGAACUUCCGGUUUGAAUGAGCGCCAUCUAUUGGCGAUUGAGUAAGCAGCAUGGCUUCCACGGACGCGAACAAUCUCAUCGCGCUAGAGCUGUUAAACUCAUUGGACAGUUCCUUUUAAAUGACAUACUUUUAUUGACGCGAAUUAGCUUGUGGUUCGGAUGAGCGCCACCUAUUGGCGAUUGAGUGUAAACAGCACUUUACUGAUUGGACUAUUCCACUUUGAACGUGAAAUAAGUUCUUCCCGAUCGCAGCAAUUGAUUUUUGAUUAGAAUGAGCGCCGUCUAUUGGCGAUGUUGCGAUUGAGUGUAAAGGGCUCACUUGCAAACCCAGGUUAUGCAUAUCUGUAUAGGAACAUUUGAUAAAAUACAGUUUGUACUGUAUUUGUUAUUGUUUAAUUAAAAUAUCGAACGCAUUGAUUACGCAAACGGUGUUCAUAUACCUAUUAAUUAUAGCAAAUUGAUAGUAUGUUAGUUGCAAAUGUUGAUGAAUGUAACGUGUCACGUAACAAAAUUAUCGGUGAGCUAAUAAUUUCUGAAUUGAAUUUCUCCAUUACAAUGCAAUUUCCAAUAACCGUACAUUGUGCUUAUGCUCAAGGAAUAAUGUUUGAUAAUAUCAUAUUUUGUUCACGAUAUUGUCUUUUAAUGUACUUAUUCAAGACUUUAGAUCGUAUUAGAUGAAAUAAUUAUGAAAAGAGAAAAUGUGUAUGAACACCAUGCUGAUAAACAGCAGCGAUGUACUUCCUACCUUACUUAUACAAUAGGAUAUUUUCCAAAUUUUUAAAAACUGCUUAUAUUUAAAGAUUGCGACAAACGAUUUAACAGAAAAAUAAAUUAAUUAAUGACUUUUUUUUCUCUAUUAAACCAAAUAAAGUUGAAUUUAUUUUUGAUGGUUUUGAAUUUACCGCCAAACGGUUCGAUGAUGUCUACUGUAUGACGUCAAUUUUGUGUAAAGAUAUAUUGUUUUAAACUUUCAUGCUCACUAAGGCGUUGAGCAGACGACAGGGCGGAGCGGGCAUUUUGUCCGCGAAGCAAAAAAGACCGUGUCUGCCCGUCGAUGUCUGCGGCUGCCCGCGCCGCGUACACAAAGCACACGACGGGCAGAGGCGGUCAGUUUAGGACGUUCGUUCUAGUGAAUAGUCCAUGACCGCCCCGCGCCGCCGAUUGCGUUACUGCAUAUAAAUUGGUUUGUAUGAUCCACGGCGGGCAGCCGCGGACAUGCCGCGCCGCCACUGCCCGCCGGACACCUGCGGCGCAGUCUUUUUGCCUUCUGUAUGCGUUUGAAGUAUAGGAUUCACUUUGUGCUAUUAUUCGCGGCGAAAUUGACCGGCCCGCCCCGCCCCUUCGUCUGCAAAGCGCCUAACAUUAUAGCUAUUAACGGGAUUGUUAUCAUGUACCCUGUUUUUUAUGAGUCUCCGAUAUUUCGGCACUGUUGCAAGCGCCAUGAUCACGGAGAUCGUGAUCAUGGCGCUUGCAACAGUGCCGUUACAAUCCCGUAAAUAGCUAUAAUGUUUGUGUAAAGAAUUUAAACACCUAUGUAGUCUGAGGACGAUCUGUGAUUACGGAAUAAUAAUUCGACGAUUUCUUUUCUUUUAAAAUAUUUUGUUUAAGUAUUAUACUAUAAAUUUAUCCCCAACGUAAAAAAAGUUGAUAAUUUUACCUUCAGUUGAUUACAUAGCAUACACAAAGUUGACGUCACCCAGUAGACGUCAUCGAACCGAGCGUUUUGACGGUGAAUUUAAAACCAUUAAAAAUAAAUUCUACUUUAAUUGGUUUAAUGAAGAAAAAAGACGUUAAUUCAUUUAUUUCUGUUAAAACGUUUGUCCCAAUCUUUAAAUAUAAGCAGUUUUCAAAAAUUUGGAAAAUACCCUAUGGCACCUACAAACCAAUAUGUUGCCUGUGUUAUAGUCAUAGUUUAAUUUAAUGGAAUAAUUAACUUACUGUCCCAGGUCCAGCUUGAUGGAUAUUUUAAAUUAUUGCUUUUCAAGUGUAAACUCCAACCAAGUAUUAUUCAUCUGAUAUUUUAAACAUGGUUGUCUAUGUUUAAUCUUUUUCGGUCCCGUUUGUAACUAAACAAAUAUAGUACUUAAAUGUAUUUUGUCGCUUAUAAAUUGCUUUGUCUCAUUGUUUUUUUCGUUACAAAAAAUUACAACAAGAAUAUUUAGAAAUUCAAAUAUCAGUACCAUGUGAAUUUUUAUUAGCAGAAAUUAGUAGAAAUCAGAGCUUCAUUCCUAUCUUAUAUCAACUAUUGUUUUCAAGUUUUCAAAUGGAUUAUUGGCGCGUUUUGUCCUUCGAAUAUUUCGUUAAGAAAUACGAAUAGUUUGGUCGUUUUAUCGGGAUACGUGUAGGUUACAUUACUGUUAACACCCAUUUACAAUUUACAGUAAUGUUUUGGAACAGAAUAUCGUGUUUCGCUAGUUAGUAAAGUUUACUAUCAACUUCUUUCUCCAAGAUGACUGAACUAUUAUUUUCAAAUUAAAGAUACAUACGACCAAUGCAAAUCAAUUAUUGACCAAAGUUAUCAAACAGGAAUUUAAACAUCAUUUAUGAAGUAACUAGUUGAAUAUAAAAUUAAAACUUCCGAUGUGUUUAUUGUAAUUUCGAUCGCAUUGUUUUAUAGAGUAUUUAUUGUGAAAAUAUCCAUUUCAUAGUAUUUAUAGCUAUUAAGAUUGUUAAUAAUUCUUUUGUAAAUAUUUUUAUCGUACUUUAAGAUGUUUGAUUAAUAUUAUUGUAAAAGUGACGCGAUCCGAGAGGCAGUCACAGACAACUGACACAAUCUGGCUGAAGAUUAUAUUUGAACUAUUACGAUUAUAGUAUAAUAUAUAUUUAUUUGAGACAUUCUAGUAGUCCAUAAGAUGAAUAGCACAAAAUAUUUGUUUUAAAUACAGUUUUUAUUUAUUAAUGAACAAUUAUGUCAAAUCAAGGACAAAAAAGGGAGGCAAUUAUUUACUGUUUUGAAAUGUAUAUUAUAAAACUGAAUAUAAUUGUGAAAUCAUGUUAAACAUCAAUAAUUAAUUUAUUUAACUUAUCUUCCAUCGAUUGUUCCUUUGUAAUGUAAAGCUAUUUCAAGAUUAUAAUGGUUGCUAUUAAUGUCUCUCCGCCUGGGGAUUAACCGAUAAUAUUUAAUUAAGUAAAAAUGUAAAUGUUAUGAUUUAUUUAAAAUCAUUCCUGUACCUAAGAUAGUAGUUUUACUGUGAUGUCGGUCUCAAUGGUCAAUAGGUAAUAUAGAAUCAAUUAUUAUAAAUAUAUAGAUUAUUGUUAUUGUUAGGAUCUCAUGUAUCAUUUUGGAAGGGGUAUAAGGGAUUCUGGAAUAUCUAGGAUGUUGAUUUUCAUAUAUUUUUUUUAUAGCUUGAUUCCAAAAUUAUCGUAGGAUAUAUUUCCUAUGUGUAAGUAUGACAUUAUUAAUCAAAUACUGUUGUUAAACAACACAACUAUUUUACGUUAUCCUGAUAUAUUUAAAUUUACAUGAAUUUAUAUAAAUCGGACGAUCGAAGGAACUUCUUGAAUAAAUCUCGAAUAAAGAAUAAUUUUGUUCAAAUAAGCGAACAAGAUUGAUCUAAUCAGGUUAACGUAGAAUAAAACAAACUCCCAAACAUAUGAUGAUGCUCCGCUCUCUAAUAAAAUUACAGAUUUGUGUAUGACAACAUUCCAGAGCCAUUGUUAACAAUGUUUUAACUUUAGGACCAAUUUUUGAACAUUCUUUUGAAAUAAUAUUACAUAAUAUUGAAACACGAACACUUUUUGAUUUCAUUCCCAAAUGACAAUUAAUCGCAAAUUAAUACUUAGAAAUUAACAUGAAAUUAUAUAAAAAGGGUUUAUGUUUAUUUACAAUAAAUUAAUGUUUAUAAUUCAAUUGGGCAUUCAUUCACUCGAUACAUUAUUUAUAAUUACGGAGUAAACACUUUAGAGACACAACACAAAAAGCAGUAAUAUGACGCUAAUACUUAAAAAAAAAGAUGACAUGAGUAAUAAUGAGUUUUUCUAUUUGUAAAACAAUCAAGGUCUUUGAAAAUCCUUUUUAUGGCACAACACUUAAAAUUUUCAUAACUUUACUAACUUAUGAAGUCACUAUUUUAUGUGUAAUUUUACUGUCCGUCUUCCACGAGAGGGGGCAGUGAGCGGAAUAACUCCAGGCAAAAAGUAAGUUGUUCAUAAUAUGUGAUUUGUCGUUCUAACAACAGAUCUUGUUUGGCGUUAACGAGCUCUUAACACUACCUCGGUUCAUUAUUUUCAAUGGAAGCCCUCUUUUAAUGACUGCAUACUUGUUAGUUAAACGAUUUCGUAAUAGAAGGGGAGCACAAGCGGGGUUUGUGGGAUACUCGAGCGCGGCAGAAAACAUAAGCGGGGCAACCUUGCACCUUGUAAAGUACUCUCACCAUACCUGAGCCUUUUAUGUAGUGCCCAACGUUUAGGGCAGCCAAUGUGAACCCUCUAGAUAAGCUCCUAUUGAAAAUAUGUACUGACAAUUAGGACGCGACCAAAAUUCAUGGCCGUUUGUUGAUUUUUUGGCCCUACAUAAAGGGCUUAGGUAUGGUAAGAAUAUUUCACAAGGUUGCAUGCCCCCUUAAUGUUAUUUUGCCGCGCUCCAGGAAGUCGCAAAAUCCCCGCUUGGGCUCCCAAGUCGAAACGCAGUGGUGCGAAUUUCAGUAAUGCACAAAUUCCUUCUGAGCUGAUAUUCAGCGGAAUUCGAAAUAAUCAUUCUCGCGCGUCUUCUUUUUAUCUCAAAAGGAAUAAUAUGCGUCGUAGUCAUCUAGUUAAAUAGCGAGCCAAUUCGACGCCUAGGCCAUUCAUUAAACGCCGGCAUCCAAUUAAAUCAGUAGGCCGAUAGUUAAUAAAACUAAAUCACUAACGUUUAACGACUUCACGUAUUGAAAGUUAGCCUGUUGGAAAUGACUGACCAAGACUAUAACCUUCGCCUCGCCAGGUAAAUUCUCAUGGAUACUGCGAGGCCAGGGAGGAAAAAAAAAUCUCUUACUCACCAGCGGCGCCACUAACCUUGGAGAUGGCGCCACGUUUGUUUUUUAAAUUCAUAGCGUUUUGUGAUUUUAGCACGUAACGUGCAGUGUAUGUGGAAAAAAUUAUAAACAAGUAAAUUCAUUAUCUUAGUGUAUUCGUCUCGUAAAUUGUUUAAAAACAUAAUUCUCCAUAGUUUUUGCAUAAAUGACCGGUGCAAUAAGUGGUAAUUAGUGUAAACACAUCAGACCAAAGAUUUGAAAAUCUUUGCAUCAGGCGCGGUAAGUCUUUGGCAUUGCAGACAUUCAGUGCCGUCUUUGACCUAUUGGAGGCCCUGGGCAUAUUAGGAUAAUGGGGCCCCUAUGACCUCCGUUUGGUGAUUUAACAGGAACUAGGGAUUUUGUAUUUGAUCUGAGGGGGCCCCCUAUCGAUCGCGGGGCCCUGGGCACUUGCCCAAAUUGCCCACUGGGAAAGACGGGUCUGCACACAUUGUAGGAGACUAGGGGCCCGAAACUUUUCCUCUUCUGCGGAAGACUAAGGUUUCGCUGGCCUGCUUGCUAGUUCACGGAGAGCGUGUAAGCUGUGUAUUGCUAUAAUCAGUUUAUUGAGCUGCAUUUAAUUCAUCUUAGACGCUAACCAUUAAACUAUUAAUAAUUGUUCUAUUAAGUAUAAUAGGACGUUAGUCCGACACAUUAAAUACCAUCGACAACAUGUUUUUAUAGGCUAAAUUCAUUUUUCAAUUCAUUUGAUACCAAUUACUUUUCAUGUUCCUUAGCUUUGUUGAAUUUCAUUCAUCUAGAAUGAGAAACUGCCAUUCCAAUACACAAGAAAAUUAUUUAUACUCAUUUUUUUAGCUGAUCUAGCUAUAUUAAUAGUUAUAAAUUAUGAAUUGGUUUGCUGCCAAUCUCAACAAUUGUUACCUACUCCUUAUCAAUCAAAUAAAUUUAAAAAGUUCUUGUUGACCUGACUCAAAAUAUAAUAAGGACAGAGUGCAUAGAAACAAGGAUGAUUGGAUUCUAAAGGAAUCCUUAUUUGAUGAUUUAUUUUAUCAAGUUGGAUCAUGGCUGUAGCUAGAGUCGAAUUUGAGGUAGGGCAGCAUUGGUUACAAGUAGGGCGGAAGUAAAAAAAAAUAUCAUAAUUGAUCUGCCCUCGGAGCACGGGCCUCCUAAAUCAAUCGCCAUGUAUAUCAUUGACCUCUAGGUCAAUGAUGUACCUAUUGCUACUAUUUUUUUUAUCUCAAACUAUAUACAAACAAUUUAAUUAUAAAAAAUUAUCUUAGUUUUUGGUAUUUUUAAGGUAGGGCGUUGUGAUUUCAAGGUAGGGCAUUGCCCCACAAUGCCCCACCCUAGCUACGGCCGUGAGUUGGAUGCACUAGCACGGUAA